AAAAUCUGAGUUUAUGACUCCAAGAGAACGAGGGGUUGACGUUCUCGAAUUUCUGAAGAAGUGUAUUACCAUUAAAAGUAACCACACAGAGCAACAUAAGUCUUUGAUGAAUAGAGGUUUACAUACAGACGAAAUGGAACAAAGAGAACAAGAAAAAGAAAUUGCGUAUAAAGGUUUAAAAUUCCACCCAGACGAUGAGUCAAGUUUGACACAUGCCGGGGAAACGAGACACGAGUCUCCGGAAACUUUAGGAAAUAUUUUCUUUCAGCUCUUUUUUGAAAGAAAAAUAAAGGGUUACAUUGUUUCGGAAAAGGAAUUAGAAUUCGAAUCAGUAUUACAGACGUCGUAAUGCAACUUACAGAUCAGGGAAUUUAGCCAAAAAUCAGUUUAAAUAAAUUUGAAUACACCAAUCGGCCACGAUACCUUACAAUUUUCCAAAAUAAAAAAAUCAAUGUUUUGCAUAAAGAGCUGUAAAAUUUCACUGCAUUUAAAUUUUAC